CUCAGCUCAAGGAGCUAAAGCACUGAUGAUUAUUCUUAGGAUUGUAUUAAUUUGUCAACGAGUCUACCCGAUCGUAGGUAUUCUUCGACAUCACAGUGAUUCCGAAACAGCAUUGACUGCUGUCAGGUGCAGAAUUAUAGCAAGAUCGUGAUUGGAGGCUGUAAACCGGGAGUCGUUUGAAGUAAGGCUUCGGAGACUGGAUCGAUCAACGUGCAGCUCUCGUGAAUCAACAUCAUCUUCAAGGAUGAACCGGGUAACCCCGAGGCGUCAAGUAUACAAUGGCUGAUUGUGGCAUCAGUAUCUUUAUGGUAGUCCCAAUGUCAACUCAAGGUGCUUCCCUGGACAAUGCCGAAAGGUUCAUUGUCACCGCUGUGCGUUUCUCGGAUGCAUCUAUGCAAUACGACACCAAUAAGACACAUGCACGCAGCCAGGUUUGGGGCGAUCAUGGUCAUAGGCUGUCCCAUCGAUGAGGCUACCUCAUAGCGUGGAAUGCAGCUAUUGGUGAGUGAGGUUCAGCGCUGUGCUCGCUAAGGUUGCGCUGGUGUGAUGUUCUAGGCUUCCGUGAUCAGUCCUAGGUCAUAACCCUCAGUUCGCUCGGAGGACAGUUCGAGAUAACGUUGACAAGGCCUUACCGAGUGGCACCUCGAAGCUUGCAAGCCCACAGUCUGGAACGUUGAUGGAGUGAUGGAGCAGGACAGCUUACAUCAAGUAGCAGCAAGUAAUGCUUCUCUGCACCGAUGUCUCGGGGUAUGUCCUCGCGCCCACCUCACCCAUCGAUUGUGAUCUCUCAAACAACCGCGAUCAAGGCCGCUUGGUUUCAAAAAAGUCGCGGACUCUGACCGAUGGUCGGAGGACUCCGGGUCCGAGGCCAUCGUGGUCGUCCUCCA